UAAAUGUGGCAGAGUGGCUGGAGUGGUCCAGGAUGGCCGCAGUGGUCCAGGAUGGCCGCAGUGGUCGAGAAUUACUAAUAGUCUACUGAGAGUAACUUGUCCAACGUGAUGGUCAGAGCUGUGUGAUACAUUCUCUCCGAUGUGGUAUAUGCAUUGAGCUAUGUACAAUCUAUCUUCUCAACUCCAUCUCCAUUUAAUUGUGCGACCCGGGAACGAUUCGGAAACUUAAAAUGUCGUUCUUGUUGACAUCCACUGUGUCUUCCUCCCCAACCCUCACUCCACCAACCGUUUCAAUGGCUGCAAUAGUCACAUCUCCCAUCACCUUACGAGCCACCGAAAUAACCGGAGUUCCUUUCUUCACCAAUAAGCAGUUUCUGAACACCUCACUACCCGAGGCCCCUGUGUAAUUGUGGAUGUUCCUCACGGUGUAUACGGGAAUUAGCUGCAAAAGUUCGGUGGCAGUUUGCAACAAUUGUACGGUACCAGUAGAUCCAAAUCGGUAGAGAACCAAAUCUCUGAUGUUCUCGAUUCUGUUUCGAAGCUUAUCGUCGAGAGGCUUCAAGUCUUCGUCGGGCAAGUCGUCUUUGGUGUCCACAAACUCAGUUCCCGGUUCAUACUUGAUAUAUUUUUGAGCAGCGAGCUUUCUCAACAAGAUCUCAGUGAUGGAAGACGUCAAUACACACUUGGAGUCCGGGUACCUUAGUAUGAUUUUACUCACAUUCUUGUCACUGUCGGGAUGAUCCAUCUUGUUCAUAGCCAAUACUGUAGGAAACUUGUGUUUCAUAAAAGACCGCACCACUGUUUCAAUCAUCUCUUCAUCCCAGUGCUGUAAAGCAGGCAAGUUGGGAAUGUCAUCCAAGCACUUGGCUAUCAAAUUCUUGUUGGCGUAAUAACCCCCCAACUGGGCUCUUAAAGUCUCCAAUGUGGUUGACUUUGUCCCUACAUGCUUUCUGACGACAGAACCCCAUCUUUCCUUUAAGUUGCCUAGAAUCCACCGGAAAAUCUCGUCCUGGAGCCACUCGAUAUCUUGGAGAGGAUCAUAGCCCCUGGUGGCCUUUCCCUCGCUGUCAGUGGUUCCACUGACAUCAACUAUAUGAAUCAAGCAGUCGGCUUCGGUGAGAUCAGAGAGAAACUUAUUCCCAAGGCCACGGCCAAGGUGGGCAUUUGGUACCAAUCCUGCCACGUCCAAGAGCAUUAUCGGCACACCCCGCUUCCCGUGUUUACAGUACCCGUAUGUGGGUUUACACGACGCUUCCAAUCCAAAUCUCUUACACGCACAAUCAACCUCCAAGUAACCAGUGGCUUUAUUUGGGUCGAUGGUCGUGAACGGGAAAGCCCCAAUUUUGGCGUUGGCGUCUGUCAACGCAUUCAACGUGGUCGACUUGCCGGAACUUGGUUUCCCCACAAGCCCAAUGACUAUUUCCCUACCCAUAUCUGUUGAGGUUUUAGGUCUUCGCAAAUUGGAUUUUACUUCUCAUCUGCGCAUUUGUCGCUGCGCACUGUUACAAAACAAAAAACGACACCACUUGUUAAGCAUAUUCCCACUUUAAACUAUCUUCGAGUCAUCAAUUGAAACUUUCAAGUGGCAUAUAUCAAUAAAACAUGACGUUCCAAUCGAUUAUGUCCAAUGUUUUUGGCGGUUUCUCCAAAGAUUUCAAGAAAAAGAACUUCUCCCUAUACGGCCAAUGGAUCGGGUUAUUAACCAUGCUUUUGUGUUUAGCCCUUGGGGUAGCUAACAUUUUCCAUGCUUCUUUGGUGAUCAUCUUCUCCAUCAUUUGUAUCGUACAAGGUUUGGUUGUGUUAUUUGUAGAGGUCCCAUUUUUAUUAAAAAUAUGCCCUUUGACUGAUACUUUCACCAACUUUAUCAAAAACUUUGAUGAAAACUGGCCCAGAUGUGGGUUUUAUUUGCUUAUGAGUGUGAUCCAAUGGUUGAGUUUAUUGGUUCAGGCCACCAGUUUGCUAGUUAUUGCCAUUCUUUUUGCCAUUAGUUCCGCCUGUUAUGCGUUAGCAGCGAUCAAACAUCAAGAGUACUUGAAGACCGCCGUCAGCUUCACUGGAAAUGAUUCAUUGGAUGGCCAGGUUAACGACCAUAUUGUCAGAAAUGUUUUAUAGUUAAUAAAAGUGAUUGGUUUUGA